GAGGAUGCGUUUGUUCCGCAUUCGUUUCUUGUGUUUACACGGUAGUUGAGAACGUGUAUUUUGUCAAGAUGACUGAUCAGAAAGCACAAAAUAUAAGCUCUAUUCCAAUCGAUGGAUUUAGCAAUAUGCGAAUCACAUCAAUAUGGACAUUUCUGAUGUCUGUACGUUUGGUUUGUCUUUCUUAUUCCUCGGGAAAUGUAUAUUGGAUGCUAGCUUGCCUUAGCAAAGAUGAGUUAGCCUAACUAGCUUAGCUUGAGAGCUAGCUAUCUUUGUUGUGUUCUCUGCUAGUCAAAGUAGAGAUAUAUAUUACAAGAUUAAAUAGAUUAAGUUAAAAAGAUAUAUCUGACCAGUUAUCUGGUUGUUGUGUUGCUUAUGAGUUAGCUUGCUGACUAUCUAGUAGCUAGUAUCAAUGCCAACCCACUGUCCAAUAACAUGAUGCUGUUUAUUGUUUGGAAAUGUAGCUAGCUAGCUAAACCACUGUUUGAUUUCAUGUCUGCAGAUACAGUGGUCUGAGCCGUGGCUUAUUGGACUUCUGGUGUUCCAUGCUGUCUGUCUCCUCGCAACUCUCCUGACACGCAGAUUCUACGGAGUGCAAAUAUGCCAGUUCCUGUUUAUGGGUAAGUGGAUGUGUGUUUCUACUACUACCAUAUCGUUGGUUAGAUGUCAUGUGAUUUGUAUCUUUUAAAAUCACUACACAUUUUAUGCACAAACAUUUAUUCAUGCCAUCCAGUAAUUGCUGUUUCCCCUCUCUCCACAGUAUGCAUGGUGUACAGCGCUGAAUAUCUGAACGAGGUGGCAGCCAUGAACUGGAGGUAAAGAUCUCAUCGAGCUGCAGUACAUUGUAUACUCCUGGGGGAAAAUAUGUUGACUGUUUUAUUAGUAAUUUAGUUAGUGAGAAACAACUUAUUUUGUAAUUUCACAGGUCAUUUUCCAAGUUCCAGUACUUUGAUUCAAAUGGGAUGUUCAUAUCUUUGGUCUACUCCAUUCCCCUUCUGCUCAACACAAUCGUCAUUGUUGUAAGUUUUAAACGUUAUUCUCAACCAUUAAAUCCCAAGUGAAAGAGAGCUGAUCGUAGGCCUGUGUUAACAGAUCUGUGCAUGUGUGUGUGUCUCAGGCGUUGUGGGUGUACAGGACGUUCUCCACCAUGAUAGAGCUGAAGACCCUGCAGCUGAAGAGAAAGGCCCGCAGAGAGCAGAACAAGAAGACUGACUAAUCACCCUCCUCUGGGACCUCCAUUGGGUUCAGUGGGGUGUUGAUGCUGGGAAUCACCUCAACUGCCAUGUUAGCUUGGCUAACAUGGUGCCACAUCAGCAUCACAUGGCAAACAUCUGCAUCACAACAUGGUUGGUUCCAGUGCUUCGACUGCCUAAACUUUUUGAAAGGUAGAUCUGCACUGUGUUUGUAUUAACUACAGUAUGAGAAGAGUGGAGGGGGGAUCACUAUUGUCUUCCAUCUUUUCAAUGGGUAAAUCUCACACCUGCGUUGCUUAUAUACUUGCCCAAGUUGACUUCCCUCUGCAAAUCAGAACAGACUGGAUGGUUGAAGAAGUAUGGUUGUGGUCAAGUUGCCAUUUUUCAUUAAGUGAAUAUCGUUUGAUAGAAUACAGUGUACAUAUAAAACAUUUAUUAAGGGGACCAAAUAUGUUACCAAACAUUUAUUUAAAAAAGUAUUAAUAUUAUGUGAUGAGAAGGUAGCUUACUUGUUCUGCACAACAGUGUAAUGCUCAUGGCAAAUAUUGUCGUUAUUUUGCUUGUAGUGAUAAUGGUUAUGGAUAAUAAAAUAUUUUAUUGAGGC